AUGGCUGUCUGGGGCAUAUCGUUGUUGAUUCUGUCACUGACGUUUCUGAUACACCGACAUCCGCCCAACACAUGGCGUCUAUCAUGGACACUGCUUCCGCCUCCCGACUCGAAACACAUCAAGGCGACACUCGAGGAUUAUGAUGAGAAAGAGAAGAGCCAGGGCAAGCAGGAAAAGAGCGAGGACAAGUCGGUAGCCAAGGACGAGCCAGAAAUCAAGAUCGAAGAGGACAGCGACGACGACCAAAAGACUCCUCAGGCCGCGCCCGUUGCCCCCUCGAUUGCCGUUCCUUCAUUCACUCUGGACUCGGACAAUACCAAUACAUCGGAACCAGAUACCAAUGACACUUUGUCGGCUCCAUCCUCCCCAGCAGCAAACUCACAACAACGCGCCAUGCCUCCACCCCCGAAGCCCGUCUCCAAACCGCCAACUACAGCGUCAUCUCUCAUGCCACCGCCCUCAUUCCCAGCCCCCAACUCUGCUCAACGCGCCUCGAACUCGUCCUCUCUCAUGCCGCCUCCCUCACGACCGAAUCGCUCGAGUCUCGGUGUCCCUGCCAUCCCAGCCAGACAACCACCUCUGUCUGCAGCCGCCCAAGCCCGCGCACCGCCGCCACGCAUCGAUACUCCCAAAUCCUCUUCCAGCAAGGUGAAACUCGCUCCCGGCUUUUCGCCUCUGGACUGGGCUUCUCUAGCUGCAUCCACGAACCUGUCCAAUGUUUCGUCCUUCACCCGCGUCACGCCUUCGAUGCUGGCAGAGAAGAAUGGCAGAAAGGGGAAUGAUGCUUGGAGCGUCUACAAUGGAAAGGUGUACAACAUUACUCCGUAUGCGCCGUUUCAUCCUGGUGGCAAGGGCGAGUUGUUGAGGGCUGCCGGCAAAGAUGGCACGAAGUUGUUCAUGGAGGUGCAUCCAUGGGUCAAUUGGGAAGGCAUGCUAAACUCAUGUCUGGUCGGCGUCAUGGUCUCGGAGAGUGAGGGCGAAGGUUUGGAUGCCAUGGACUGA